AUGCGUCUUGCGAAGAGAAACUCCUGUCACGCCCAAGAAGGGGCUAUCAAGAAUCACGCCCUCAUCGCCAACCGAGACACAUUUUCCCGCGACUGUAUUAUCCGCAACACCAUGAUAAUAGGGAGAGCACCCGACCCUCGCCGUCUGCGCCUUCUGGAGGAGUUACUCAUCCAGGGGCAAAAGCCCUCCAUGAAUACGACGCAAGAGGCCUUUUUGCUCCUGACCUGCAUGCGAAGGAACACUCCAUUACAGAGCCAUACACCGCUCAACACCAUUACAGAGCCAUACACCGCUCAACACCAUUUCAGAGCCAUAUACCGCUCAACACCAUUACAGAGCCAUACACCGCUCAACACCAUUUCAGAGCCAUACACCGCUCAACACCAUUUCAGAGCCAUAUACCGCUCACACCAUUACAGACGCCAACACCGCUCAACACCAUUACAGAGCCAUACACCGCUCAACACCAUUACAGAGCCAUACACCGCUCAACACCAUUACAGAGCCAUACACCGCUCAACACCAUUACAGAGCCAUACACCGCUCAACACCAUUUCAGAGCCAUACACCGCUCAACACCAUUACAGAGCCAUACACCGCUCAACACCAUUUAGACAUAUACCGCUUCAAACACCAUUACAGGCCAUACACCGACUCAACACCAUUUCAAGACAUUACAACCGCUCACCAUUUCAGAGCCAUAUACCGCUCAACACCAUUACAGAGCCAUACACCGCUCAACACCAUUACAGAGCCAUACACCGCUCAACACCAUUACAGAGCCAUACGCCGUUCAACACCAUUACAUUAUAG